CAAAAGCCAGAAAAAAAGUAGUAAGGUGUUCAUUAUGUUAAAAAGACUUACUUCAACCAUUAUACAGUCUCGCGGCAUAAAACACACAGUGAAAAUAAAAUGGGUGAGACCGGAAUACGUACCUGCGUACAAAGCAGAGAAAUCUGGGGAUUUAGAGGCUGUUCCUCCAAUUCCACAAACUGCAAUAGGACAGUACUAUGCUCUAAGUGAUGAAAUAAAAGAUGCCUCUGACACCGUAAAAAAACUCUUUUCCGUGGCACAUCUGGGAGCAAAAGAGUAUAAUGCAUUGGUAAAAGAACAGCUUAUUAACAGGGUCAGACGGCAUAAGUAUGAUGAGAACACUGCUGAAACUAGAAUUGCAAGACUCACAGGCCACAUCAGAUGUUUACAGCAAACCAUGGAGAAGUUUCCAAGGGAAAUGAAAGCUAAGAAAACAGUCCAGGAGUUAAUAGACAAGAGAAAGAAGUUGUUAAAAUUUCUACGCCAAUACGACUACAAGAAGUUUGAGUGGCUCAUUGAUCAACUGAAUAUUGAGUACAAGGGUCAUCCUGAAACCUAUCAUAAACUAUCUCGGAAAGAAUCACUCCGCAAGCUAACAGAAAUGCAUUGUGAUGAUAUCCGUAAUAACAAAAUAACAGAUUACCGCAACCUUCUAGAAAGUCAGCAAGGACCAUUUUUGAUGGAAAAACUCAACGCUUUAAAGUUCAUAAAGAGUGAACAAAUGGAGUUACAACUACCAGUUACAGUUACUGACCAAGAUAUUAAAAAAGUGGAAUGUAUGUAUGAAGAAUGGAAAAUAAAGGAUGAUAUCAAACAACAAGCGAAGAAAAAGAAGAAAAACCUCAUUGUUGAAGUUGAAUGAU